AUGUCCAAAUCCAUCCUCGCUGCGUUGGGCGGUGCUCUGCUAGCCACCACAUCGCUCGCCGCUCCAGCAGCAACCUCAUCUAUCACGCUUAGCAACAUUGCUGUUCCUGCUGGCAGCCAGCUCGACCUCACAAAAGUGAAGCCCAGCACUACCGUAACCUUUGCUGGAACUACUACCUUCGGCUUCAAAGCUUGGGAGAGCCCUCUCAUUCUGAUUGGCGGCACUGACUUCCACAUCACUGCUGCAUCGGGGGCCAUCAUUGACGGUAACGGAGCGGCAUGGUGGGAUGGACAAGGUGACAAUGGCGUUGAGAAGCCAGGCCAUUUCAUCCAGGUCAAAGCCGCUGGCACCAAGUCACUCAUUGAGAAUCUUUCCAUCCAAAACUAUCCUGCUCAUGGCUUCACGCUUGGAGGGUCAAACCUGGUGGUCAAGAAUGUCAAGUUGGACAAUUCGGCUGGCGAUGCUCCGAACAGUUUAUCAGGGGGAAAGCCUGCCGCACAUAACACGGAUGGCUUCAAUGUGAAGGCUACAAACGUCCUCCUCCAAGACAUCACCGUCAUCAAUCAAGACGAUUGCGUUGCGGUCAGUAGCGGCGCUAGUAAUGUCACCGUCAGGAACGCCUCGUGCGAUGGUUCUCACGGUCUGUCAAUCGGUAGUGUUGGCAGCGACACUACCAUCAAGGACAUCUCUUUCUACGACAGCGCCGUUAAGAAUAGCCAGAACGGCGUGCGCAUCAAGACUGUGUCGGGCGCCACAAACAGCGUAGUCCAGAACAUUGUUUACCAGAAUAUCACGCUGUCCAACAUCAGCGGGUACGGCAUCGUAAGUGUACCGGAGCCGCGUUUGCAUGGACCGUUCCAGCUAACGUUUGGUGAGAUUGUCGAGCAGGAUUACCUCAAUGGCGGCCCAUCGGGCACACCUACUAACGGAGUCAAGAUCAGUGACGUGGCCUUUGAGACUGUUACUGGCACCGUUGCUUCGAAAGCGAAGGACUACUAUAUUCUCUGCGGCAGUGGCAGCUGCUCGAACAUCACCUUCAGCGGAGUCAAGGUCACUGGUGGUACGGGGGAUAGCUGCAACUACGGCAGUCUUUGUUGA